GAGUCACAAGGUGUUAAAUUGCAGAGAGCGGUGCAAGUGAGUAAAGUACAUGGAAAAUCAGAAAAUGGAAUGAUAUAAAAACUUUUGCAUUAUCAAGAAAUAUGUCGAGCGUAGAUCCACCUAUUAACGGGAGCGAUAUUGAAAAUGCCAAAGUACUGAAAGAAAUUGAAGUAGAAAAAGAAAAAAAGAAGUACAAGAGGAAAUACCCUGGAUUCAGAAAAAAUUUGUAUGAUUAUUUUCAGGAAUUCACUGAUAAUACUGGCAUACAUGGAUUUAAAUAUAUGGGAGAACAGAAGAGGACAAUGUGCGAAAGAUUUUGGUGGGUGAUCUUAUUCUGUAUAUCACUGUUCGUUUGUACGAAUCUCAUUAUAAAGACAUGGAUAAAGUGGGACCAAUCGCCGGUAUUGGUAAGCUUUGCCAGAAGUCCAACUCCGGUAUGGCAAAUUCCAUUUCCUGCUAUUUCAAUUUGUUCCGAAACUAAAACUAAACAGACUGUUUAUAAUUUUACUAACGCUUACGACCGUUACAUACACAAUCGUACUAAUAUGACAGACGAAGAAAUGAAACAUUUCUCAGAUAGCAGUCUUAUAUGUGAUAACCAUUUGUACACCGAAGGUGACAAGUAUGCAAAUAUUAAAACUAUUGAUUAUCUCAUGAGUGUCGCUCCACAAUUUGAAGAAAUCUUUUUCACUUGUUCAUGGACUCUUUUGAAUGAAACUUGUUAUAAUUUAUUCACUCCUAUCAUAACAGAGGAAGGAUUAUGUUUUACAUUUAAUAUGUUGGAUAGAUCUGAACUUUUUAGAGAAAACGUAUAUUUACAUAGCGAUUAUAUGCAACACGGAAAAGAUUCUGAAGGUUGGACAUUGGAGAAAGGAUAUCCCAAAUCUGCUAAAAUAGAAACUUUUCCAAGAAGAGCUUUGUCAGCAGGAUUUUCGGCGAGCUUAAUUUUGGUUUUAAAAGGUCAUUUGCCUGAUUUAGACUAUAUUUGCAAAGGUGCAGUGCAAGGAUUCAAGAUAUUAUUUCACCAUCCAGCCGAACCACCGAAUACCAAACAAUACUUUAGAGCACCUCUAAAUCAAGAGAUAGUCGUAUCUGUCAAACCGGAUAUGAUGACAACGUCCGAAGGGCUACGAAAUUAUGAUCCGCAUAGAAGGCAGUGUUAUUUUCCAACAGAAAAAUAUUUAAGUUAUUUCAAAAGUUACACGCAGCACAAUUGUCAAGUUGAAUGUUUGACUAAUCAUACUUUAGCCAAAUGUGGUUGCGUUGCGUACCAUAUGCCCCAUACAAACGAUACUCGAAUUUGUGGACCAGGUAGUCAGACCUGCAUGUUCAACGUUCAAACUGAAUUACUUACAAAGGAAGUAACAUCUGGAAUUUUGAACUAUGAAGCGGAAGAUAGAGACGGAAUUGACGAUUGUGAUUGCUUACCGGCAUGUACAUCAUUAACUUAUAAUGCCGAAAUGUCACAAGCUAAAUAUGAAUGGGAUAAAGUGUUUCAGUCCUUCAGAGUGAACUUUAGUGAAUUUGAUGGAAUAGAGUUCACAAGACUGACGAUAUUUUUCAAAGAUCAACAAUUUAUAACAUCAGAAAGAAACGAAUUAUAUGGUCAGACGGAUUUUCUUGCAAACUGUGGUGGUAUUUUGGGUCUGUUUACAGGAUUUUCCUUCUUAUCUAUUGUAGAAAUCGCUUACUUCUUAUCUUUACGGAUGAUGUGCAACAUUAAACAUUACGGUAAACAUUAUUGGUCGGGAUCUCCAGCGUUGGUUAAUGAUGCUGGUUAUGUUCAUUAAUAGUAAUCGUGUGAAUAUUGGAUCGAUUAAAACAUAUCCAAGCGAUAUUGAUUAGAAAUUUGCACAAUAUGUCAAAUAGAAACAUGCUUUAAUCAAUUAGAUAAGAGUAUUAAUGAAUCAAACUUUUCGAUUUUGCUUUAGUUUUAUUUACACUAUUUACAAUUUGAUUGUCAUAGUCACAUUUUUUCAUGAGAUUUUUUAAAGAUUGAAUAGCAUGCUCUACCGUACCGUUAAAUUGAGCAUAAGUUAUUUGUUAAAUUUUCCAAUCUCAGCUAAAAGAAUACCAUUAUCUCAUAUUAAAAGAGAUGGUUUCUCAUAAGUAGCAAAUAUUUUAGAGUUUUGAUUGUAUGAAUACUAUCUAAUUUAUUUAGUUUCGAUGAAUUUUGAAUAGUUAUCAAUCACCAUGAGGUAGUUUCCAGCUUAAAAAUGAUAGAGAUCUGUUCCUAGUUAGUCCCAGACCUUAUCCGGUACCUCAGGGGUGGUUCCUUAGGGUUAGAAUUUCUAAAAUUUUUUGUUUUAGUUUUAUUUACACAAUGUACAAUUGUAUUAUGUUUUCUGUCGGUCACUCCUAACCUCCGUCUUUCACGCCAUUGCUGAUAGCUUCUCCUUUUUUCGCGGGCUGUCCCCUGUCGACCUUGUUGCCGGUUCUUAACACUAAAGUUUUAAUCACUAAAAGCAUGUUACGCUAUAACUGCCUUGAUAUGAACCACGACUAAUAUCUGUGCCACAAUGAAAAAGAUAUGAAAGCGCCAAAAGUUCAUUACCUAGCACAUAAACGUUUAGAAAUAGUGAAUAACAACAUAAUUAACAACUACUCAGACCAAAUUCAUUAAAGUUGAAUGGUUAGUAAAGAAAUAGUCACAUAAAAUGGAAAUUUACACAAACUUAACUUGAAAGUUUCAUAUUCUAACACUAAAGAAAACAUUGUUGCCGCAUUUUAUUCAAAUUAUCCAAAAUGAUAGAAGUUUGAAAUUCAUAAAUAACAAUCUUGCUUGCCAAUCGCAUAGACGUAGCCAAACACUUACAAUUAACCCUAUUAGCCAUUUUAGUUUUUAAUUUCUAAAGUUAGAUGGGUACUACAGGCAACAUGAGACCCUAUAUUUUGUAAUUUAUUAGUUGCAUCUCUAUAUAACAUUAUUAAACUAGGCUAUGUAUUUUUCCAUAAACAUGAAUGUCAAGUUGUGUUGCACAAUAAAAUAUAUAAUCAAAAA